GACCUGGGCCAGGACGUCACCGUGACGUCACGUCACGAGACUCCUGCCUCGACACGAAAGGGGGUUGGUUACCGGGUAUCCCCCACCCCCGCCUUCUUCGCUUGUAUCCCGUCAUGCUCCGCAGAACGGUCCUCGCGAGCCCUCGGAGCCCCGCGCGGCUCUAUGACCGGAUGGAGCAGAAAGCGGAAGUGAGCCGUGCGCCGUCUCUAUGGUGAUGGCGAGAGGCAGGGCCGCGAAGCCGGAAGCGGGGAGCGGGCGCCCGGAGCGCAGGGUUGCCUAAAGGAAGAGAGAUGGAACUGAAAAAGUUAAGCAUCUCGUUGGUUGUGGUCCUGGUUCUGGUCUUGGUCCUGCAAAUUUUGUCUGCAGUGGAUUUUGACCCAUACAGAAUCCUUGGGGUUAGCAGGACAUCCAGCCAGGCUGACAUUAAAAAGGCUUAUAAGAAGCUCGCCCGGGAAUGGCACCCUGAUAAAAACAAGGACCCAGGAGCAGAAGAUAAGUUUAUACAAAUUAGCAAGGCCUAUGAGAUCCUCUCCAAUGAGGAAAAGAGAUCAAACUUUGAUCGUUACGGAGACGUGGGUGAGAACCAGGGGUACCCUCAGCAGCAGCAGCAGCAGCACCGCCAGUUCCAUCACUUCCACGAAAGCUUUUACUUUGAUGAAUCCUUUUUCCACUUCCCGUUUAACUCGGAGCGACGAGACUCCUCCGAUGAGAAGUACUUGCUGCAUUUUUCACACUACGUGAACGAGAUUGUACCAGACAGUUUCAAAAAGCCCUACCUCAUUAAAAUAACCUCGGACUGGUGCUUCAGCUGUAUCCACAUUGAGCCUGUGUGGAAGGAGGUUGUUCAGGAGCUAGAGGUGCUGGGAGUGGGAAUUGGAGUCGUCCACGCUGGGUAUGAGAGACGCCUCACCCAUCACCUGGGAGCACACAGCACACCGUCCAUUCUGGGACUCAUUAAUGGGAAAAUAUCCUUCUUCCACAAUGCGGUCAUUCGAGAGAACCUGUGGCAGUUUGUGGAGAGCCUUCUUCCAGGGAACCUCAUCGAGAAGAUUACAGAUAAAAAUUAUGACGGAUUCCUGUCAAACUGGAAGAAAGAAAAUAAACCCCAUGUCCUUCUGUUUGAUCAUAUGCCAGUAGUGCCAUUGUUAUACAAGCUCACUGCUUUUGCGUACAGAGAUUAUUUGUCCUUUGGAUACGUGUAUGUUGGACUCAGAGGGACUGAAGAGUUGUCCAGACAAUAUAACAUCAACGUCUACACCCCCACCAUGAUGAUCUUCAAGGAACACAUUGAUAAGCCUGCCGAUGUUAUUCAGGCCCGAGAGAUGAAAAAGCAGCUCAUUGAUGACUUCCUUUCCCAGAACAAGUUCCUUCUGGCAACCAGGCUCACCAAUCAAAAACUGUUUCGUGAGCUGUGUCCUGUGAAGAAGUCUCACCGUCAGCGGAAGUACUGUGUGGUUUUACUUACUGGCGAGGGUGACAAGUUUGCUAGGACCUAUGAGGCAUUUGUGGCCUUUGCUCUGGCAAACACGAAAGACACCGUGAGGUUUGUGCAUAUCUACAACGACCGUCAGCGAGACUUUGCCCAUGGCUUGCUGAUGGAUGAUGAGAAAUAUUGGGGGAAAUCUGCCGUGGCCAUCUUGGAAAGGCGCAAUAAUGUAGGAAGAGUGGUCUAUAAAAUCUUGGAAAAUGCCUGGAAGGGCAGCGAAGAGGAUAACUUCAUGCUUUUGGAUCUUCUGGCUCAGUUAAGAACAGACCCUGGUCUUCUCUCUUCAGACACUGUCCUGCCAGACUUGAAUGAUGAACUUGCUCCUGUGUUCUUUCUCCGGUGGCUCUACUCUGCAAUAGAGUGUGUCUCAGACUUCUGGGAUAGCGUAUUUCAUAAUAACUGGCGGGAAAUGAUGCCACUUCUGUCCCUGAUCUUCUCAGCCCUCUUCAUUCUCUUUGGCACUGUUAUUGUUCAGGCUUUCAGCGAUUCGAGCGAUGAGAGAGACUCUCCUCUCCCCCAGAAAGAAGAACCCAAUGAAAAGAAUGAAAAGAAUGACACGACCUUCAGCAAAGAGAACAGGAUUCCCAAAAAGGGCUUUGUCGAAGUGACUGAGCUAACAGAUGUUACCUAUACUAGUAACCUGGUGCGCCUGAGGCCAGGUCACAUGAAUGUGGUUCUGAUCCUUUCCAACCCCACCAAAACCAGCCUGCUUCAGAAGUUUGCCCUGGAAGUCUACACAUUCACAGGGAGCAGCUGUCUUCAUUUCUCCUUCCUGAGCCUCGAUAAGCAUAGAGAAUGGCUGGAGUAUUUGUUAGAAUUUGCCCAGGAUGCUGCCCCCAUUCAAAAUCAAUAUGAUAAACAUUUCUUGGAGCGCGACUACACCGGUUACGUCCUAGCUCUAAAUGGCCACAAGAAAUACUUCUGCCUCUUCAAGCCUCACAGAUCGGGGGAUGAAGGGGGAACUAUGGUGUCCUGUGAGGAUUAUGACCCCUUGCUACACACAGGAGAAGCCCGAGGAAAAUCCUCCUGCAGUCCAGGAUCCAAACAAGUUAAAAACAAAUUAAGCAAGUUGUCCUUAUGGAUGGAACGUCUCUUAGAAGGUUCCUUACAAAGGUUCUAUAUUCCAUCCUGGCCUGCAUUAGACUGAAGGGAUUUAAAAGAUUCUAGCACUACAAACUUUUUAAGAUGACAACCAUGGACAAUUCUUUCCAGGAAUAAACAGUCAUGACAAAUGGACAGUAGGUUUUAGAUGAACUCUCCUAGGCCCAGUGAGUAGAAGUAUCUUCCUUCAUCUUUGACCUAGGAGUGAAAGAUGAAACAUACUGAAGUCCUCUGUACCAAAUUGUUCUUGUAUUUGAAUGCUGUACUAUCUAAGACAAAACCCAGUUUAUUUUCCUUUAAUGUCCUGCUCACCGCAUCGCCUCUGUCAGGUCUCUUGUUUGUUCUCAGUUGAAGAAAACCUAUGAGUUCUUCGCAACGGUGACUCAGUUUGGACUGGACAUAAUGAACUUGUUACAUAAGUCAGGUCCCCUUCCCAAUGCUUAGCCCAUAGUGCAUGGUGUGAUACUGGGAAGACCCUACAGAAUCUCCCCAACCUCUGAAACUCUGAAAGGCCUCAUAACAAGCAUUCUUAUUUAUCAGCUUUCCCUGCGGUAAGUAAUUUAGGAGUGUGGUUACAGUAAAUACUGUAAAGAUGUUAAGCCAUUUAAAUGUACAUUGUUUUUCAGAUGCCUUUUUGCUUCUGUAGAUUUUUAGACUGUCUUCUUAGAGCCAUAACUUUACCCACAUCCUCAGAUUGUAGGCAUAAGCUGCUAUGAGCCAGUAGACAUAUAAAAGAAAAUUUCAGUACCUGCUAGUGAAUCAACUUGGACACCUUUCAAACAACAAUGGUACAUCUCUAGUACAAUAUCGACACUUCUUUGUAUCAAGGAACUUAAUUCUUUAAUGAUUGUAUUUUUGAACUAUGUUGCCCAAAAAAUGCUGUCAUCAGAUCAUCAGUUACAUGUGGAACUAGUUUGGUUGUAGACAGACAUUUACAAGAUGCUUAGUUUCAGCUUCUCUCACUUUGCUUUUAUCCUCAGCUCAAAGGUUUCUUAACAUACAGGUUGCCUUUUUUUUUUUUCUUCUUUUAAACCUAUGGUUCAGUGUAAAACUGGAAUGGUUCUAGGCCGUGGAGUUACUGUACUUAAAUAUAUCAAAUGGGCUCUCCUACCAGCCAUUUGGCUUGCCCAGGGAGCUGGCUUUUUGUUAGUGACAAGUAGUCAACAAAUAAAUGGUCUCUUGCUGCUACCUGAACAUUAAGGUAAAUGGGAAAGGUUUCUUUUCAAAGCAGGGAACUGUAAUCUUGUGACACUGCUACUUCCUUUUUUCUCUCUGUUAAUCUGCGUAGACACAGUCACUUUAUCUGAUGCUUGCUGUAAACUUAAUAAACUUCUCCAAAGUGACCUGGAUAGGAAUCUGAGGCUUCCCCAUGAAUAGGUCACGUUAUGGUACAUGAUGGCCAAAUUCUGCAUGAGUUUUCCUCUCAUUCAGAUUGAGAUUAACUCCUGAGUAGCAUUCUGAACCUUAUUGUAAAGCACUCCUACUCCUACAAGCAUGGGGGUUUACUUAAAAACCUCACUACCCUCCGCGCUUCAACUAAGGAAAGACCACUUGAACAAUAAUCAUAAUGCUGUUAUAUAAGGGUACUGUCAGGUUAAAAUAUUGGACUCAACUGACCUUCCUUAUGUUACUUAAACUCCAGCAUGAACCUUUUGAUUACUAAGCACAGGCUGUGAGAGGGAAGAAGAGGAUUUUUCUUCUGAGGAGAGAUGCAGAAAUAAAAUGCUGAAAAUCCCAUGCAUUAGACUGACCCUAAACUAACCUUAAGCAGCAGACUGACUUUUCACUCUUUAUGUUGUUUCUGUUGAAGCCAGUGCUUUAAUUGGCUUGGGUAAUGAAAUAGCCUGGUUAUUUUCUUAUGUUUUUAGCCAGUUUUGCCUUUUGGGUCUUGCAUGGUAUAACACAGUGCUGUAACUCCCAGAGUUGGACACACACUGCAGAAAAAUCCAAAUUUAAAAAGAAAAUUUUUGAUGCUCUAAACACAGCAGAACAAUGUCUCCAGGAGUGGGUUAGGUCUAGAAGGAGGAUUUACAAAAGCUGGCUGUUACUAUCUCUUCUGUUAGUCAGAAACCAGUGUCAAACUUUAGGGCUUUAAACUAAGGGCCAAGUGCUAUGUAAAAGAAAUCCCCCCUGUCUAAGGACCCAGGAAAAGUCUAUAGGCAUUACUUAAACCCUAUAUUGAAGCUCAAGUGGUAUGUAGGCCUUGUGUGUGUUCUCUACAGAAGGGUGACUCUUACUCUGUGUAUAAACACCUCUUGAUGUGGGUCUUGUGGAGAGACCACUCGCAGUAAUACACCCUCAGGAAAUAGCCAACUGUGGGUGCUACAGAUUCCAUUCAGUCACAGAUAAAAGUGAAUGUAGAACAAAGUUGCAGAAGGUCAAACCAGCUCAUUUGUAAAAGUACAUGAUUUAUUAUUAGGGGAUUGUAUUUUUAGGGAGAAGCUACGCUUUCAUGGGCUCAGGCACACCUCAACUGUUCUGAAUUCAUCAGUUCAGCAAGAGUAGCACUGCUCUGAUGUCCAGCUAGUUGUAUUAUUCAUUUGGGGCAGAAGACCAGUCACAGGUCUGCUGCUUGGAAUUGAAUGUGUCUGCUUUUCCUCCACCCUUUCCCAGAUGCUGCAAGACCAUUAACCUGGGAUAAUUUGUUGUCCUACUGCCCUAACUAUUACCCUUUGGUUCGCUCCAUAGCGAAGGAAAUGCACUCGGCCAUUCUCAAUUUGUGCAUGGUACUUUCUUGAGCUAAGAGCGAGGAAGUUUUCAGUGCUAAUGUACUGCUCUGCGAGAAACCUAAAUAUAAGCUUUUUAAACAUAAAACUCCUAGAAACUGAAGCAAAACAUACUUACAACACAGGGAAACGUAGCCUAGAGUCCAAAUACUGUACCUGCCCUUUCCCCUUGACUGAGUGUGGUACACAGCAGCUUCACAGCGAUGGUGGUCACAUAUGUGGUCAGUAAAAGCUUGCCAGGAACUAAUACAAUAAUGCUGCCUGGGAGAUUGGAUUGAAAAGCAGGUAAAUAUUUUGCACUUUUGAUACUCUUGGGGGGGGGAAAUAAUUUAUUUGGCAAAUAUCUUUUUUUAAUUUUUGUUUUUGUAUUUGUGAACAGGCACUGAUAAUGUCAUUUUGUUUUAAGAUUAUUACAGAUUCGCAACUGAAAUAAACUAUUUUAAUGUGA